AUGGUGCCGCCGCCACCGCCACCGCAAGCAGGCUCCAGAGUGGCCAGGCCUGCUGCGAGAUAUCGUCCAGGUAAAGCUCCCGUCGGCGCUGGAGCGACACUCGACGAGUACUCUGACUCGGAUGCAUCCGAUGGCGGUCACGCGCAAGACACUAAGUACGAGGGCACCAGCCAAGAAGGCAUCACAGAUUUAUCGUUUGGGGCUUCAGCUUUCACGAGCGCUGCAGGUCAACAGAGGCGCACAGCAGGGAUCAUUGUCAAGGAUGCAAUCGGCCUAAGCAGUAAAACACUUGAUUUACGGCUUAGAUCCACCUCAACGACAGCAGCCGCAGGCGAGGAGGAGAAUUCCUCCGAAUACGAAACCGAUACGGAUCAAGAAGAAGCCGCGGCGAAGCCAGUGUUUCGCAAACCGGAAGCAGCUGCGUCUGCACAACAGCAAACUGCACAAGCAAGCGAUUCGUCAGAAUACGAGACGGAUUCAGAAGGAGAGAGCGAGGAAAGUGAGACAAAGACGGAACCGCUUCUCAAGCCGAUCUUUGUGCCCAAACAAGCUCGAACAACCAUCUCCACCGACGCUGCAGCGGACCAGCAUCAACUGGAACUGGAUGCCGAAGCCAAAGCCGAAGCCGAAGCGGCUGUCCGUCGUAAAGAAGCACACGACCUCGCCGCAGCAGCCAUCAAGCGUCAACUCGCCGAAAAAGAAUAUCAAGACACGCAUCAAACUGAUGUUGACGAUACAGACGGUCUCGACCCGGAAGCCGAAUUCCAAGCCUGGCGUGAACGCGAACUUGCUCGUCUCCGCCGCGAUCACGAAGCCAUACUCGCCAAGCAGCGAGCGCAACAAGAGAUUGAUGCUUUCAAAUCUCUUCCCGAAGCUGAAAAGGAACGCCUGGGUCGUGAGCGAGCAGCUCAACUCCGAGCAGAGAAGAAGGAGCAGAGGGGCAAUCCGGCGUUUUUGCAAAAGUACUACCACAAAGGUUCGUUCUUCCAAGAUAUGGAUAUCUUGAAGCGGGAUUAUACCGAAAAGACGAGUAAGGAUGUAGAUAUCAGCAAGUUGCCAAAGAUGAUGCAAGUGAGAGGAUAUGGUGAGAAGGGGAGGAGCAAGUGGACACACCUGGCGAAUGAAGAUACGAGUAAGGGUGCGAUGCGGUUAGAUGUGCUGCAAGGUGGGUCGAAGGGAUGUUUCAGGUGCGGUGGGCCACAUCUGAGAAAGGACUGUCCUGAAGCAGGCGGCAAGGCCGAAGGAGGUAGUGGUGCCAAUAGCUCCAAGGUGGUGAGCGAAGCAAGCCGGAAUUGGGGUGAUAAGCAGGCGAACGAUGAUGUGAACGAUUACGAUCAGAAGGACAUGCGGCGAGGUACAAGUAGAAGCCCACACCAACAAGGUUCGAGGAGGCAUGACCAAGACACGUCUGGCCCCAGCUCGCACAACUCGCAACACCGAUACGAUGAUGAUGACGACGACGACAAUGCUCGAAGCAAGUCCAAGGGUUCGCGCUCUCAUAGCAACUAUCGAGGCGAACAACAAGAUCGAAAGCAUCCCCCGUCCUUGUCUUCAUCCUCUCGCAGAGACGGCGGAAGCAGUCGCAGCCACCAUCACAAUCGUCAGGACCGGAAAGACGACGGUCUCCGCCAUCACCGUGAGCGUAGGCCUGACCGAGAUCGUGAUCAUGACGAUCGUCAUCGAUCAAGGGACCAGGACCGUGACCGUAACCGUGACCGCGACCGCGACCGCGAUGCUGGCAGGCAUCGUGAUCGUGGCCACCGCUCCAGAUCUGAUUGGCCUCGCAGCAACGACAAACAUCGAGACCGCGAUCAUCACCACGAUAAAAAGCACAGCAGCAACAAUCCUGACCGAGAAUCCGAUCGCAAACGUUCGCGGACCGAGACAUAA